AUGGUCAUUUCCCGCAAGAAUGUAACGACGUCUUUCUUAUUUUCACUCCCAGGACUAAAGCUUGGAGACAAGAUCAUCGAAGGCAAGACCAAGAUCGUCUAUGCCCUCCCCGACGACCCGGCGAAUGUCUACAUCCUGUCUAAGGACCGCAUCACUGCCGGAGAUGGCGCACGUGCAAACGACUUGGAGGGCAAGGCCGUCAUCUCCACGGCAACCGCAACUUCCAUCUUCGAUCUGCUGACCAGCGCAGGUAUAAAGAACCACUUUGUACGGCAACAUGACGACAAGUCCUUCAUCGCCCAGCGCUGUGACAUGAUUCCCAUCGAGUGGGUCACACGACGAUUGGCUACCGGCUCCUUCUUAAAACGAAAUGUCGGAGUUAAAGAAGGGUACAGGUUCUCUCCACCCAAGCUGGAGACUUUCUUCAAGGAUGAUGAGAACCAUGAUCCUCAGUGGUCGUACGAACAGCUGCUCGGAGCCAAGCUGGAGGCAGGGGGCCGCGUGAUUGGUCGAGACGAGGUGGAGAUCAUGAGCCGGACGACGGUGGCCGUGUUCGAGGUUCUGGAGAAGGCCUGGGCCACGCAGAACUGCACGCUGGUCGACAUGAAGAUCGAGUUUGGUGUCAACACGAAAGGUGAGAUUGUGCUUGCUGACCUGAUUGACAGCGACUCGUGGCGGCUGUGGCCGUCAGGUGACCGCCGGCUGAUGAAAGAUAAGCAGGUGUACCGCGAGCUGAAGGAGGUGACAGCAGAGGCUCUGGACGAGGUGAAGAGGAACUUCCAGUGGGUCGCCGAGAGGGUCAAGCUGCUGCAGACCAAGCCCAGUGCCCAGGUGGUCGUGCUGAUGGGGUCAGCCACGGACUUGGAGCACGGGCAGAAGAUCAGUAAAGGGUGCCAGGCACUGGGCAUUCCCUGCGACGUCAGGGUCAGCUCUGCACACAAGGGCACCGAGGAGACCAUCAGGAUCCUAAGGGAGUAUGAAGGAGAAGGUAUCCCGUGCGUGUUUGUCGCCAUCGCGGGGCGCAGUAACGGGCUGGGACCAGUCCUGUCUGGUAACACGUCCUACCCGGUCAUCAACUGCCCCCCUGUGAAGGCCGACUGGGGAGCCCAGGACAUCUGGUCCUCUCUCAGGCUGCCGUCAGGUCUUGGCUGUUCGACCGUGCUGUCCCCCGACGCGGCUGUCCUGGCGGCUGCCCAGAUCCUGUCGCUGUCCGAUCACAUGAUCUGGUCCCGCCUGCGCUGCAAGCAGCUGUACACCUACCUCGGGCUCAAGGACUCUGACAAGGAAGUCCGCAAGGACAAGUAACAUCCAAGUCUUCAACUGUGCAUUACAAUGCAACGCAAUGCAGACUUUAUUUAGAAGCUAGUUUUCCAGUAGAUUCCUAUGUGGUAGAGUGUAAGGUGCCCCUUUGCAUUCCAUGCAUAAAUUUGCCUUACUUUAAAUGCGUAAAUUUGGCUUUAAGUCUUUAUUACAAAAUGCAGUAACCAGCUUAGGAGCUUAAAGCAUUUGCUUGUAUCUUUCAGUGGCAAUGAGAAACUUGUUUUCCAGUAAAUGCAUAAAUCUGGCUUCAAGCCUUGGUUAAUGCAGUUAAGGUUGUCUGUAUUUUUCAGCAGUUAAAAGUCGUUUUUCCAAAAUAAUAGCUUUUGGUAGAAGUGUGCCUGUGCUUUCUUUGGUUUGCUACGAUCUGGCUUCAACUACGAUCUGGCUUCAACUAAGUUCAAGUCUAAGAAAUUGAAGUAGCUAGCUUUUCAACUGUCUAGAAUCAUGUUUCCAAUAUUAGACAUGAUGCCAUGUACUUGCCUGGUAUUAGAACCUUGGAGCUGACCAGAAGUAUUGAAUACAAGUUUGCAAGUAUCAUAUUACAUUUAUGUACCAGUUUGUCAUGGGUCAUGUAUGGUAUUGAAAUAAAUGUCUGCAGUCCAAGUCUUUU